AUGAGACGAGAGACCCUGGCCCUGUGCCGGGCCGUGGCUGCGGUCCUGGUGCUGCAGACGCUGGCCGUGGCGAACCACUCGCGACGGCGCCUGUGCAGCCAGGCGGAGGUGUUCGCAGACCUGAGCGCCCAGGAGCUGAAGGCCGUGCGUGACUUCCUCUGGUCCCGGGAGGAGCUGCGGCUGGAGCCCCACAGGGCCCCCACCCUCGCUAAGAACUCCGUGUUCCUUAUCGAGUUGCUGCUGCCCAAGAAGCAGCAUGUGCUGAAAUGUCUGACCAAGGGUCACAGGCGCCCUGCUCGGGAGGCGCGUGCGGUCAUCUUCUUCGGAGCCCAGGAGCAUCGCAACGUCACUGAGUUUGCUGUGGGGCCCCUGCCACGGCCCCGCUACCUGCGCAAGCUGCCCCCCAGGCCUGGGCACCAGCUCUCCUGGGCCUCCCGGCCUGUGUCCUCUGCAGAGACCGUCCUCCUGAGCCGCACCCUGCAGGAGGCCACCAAGCCCUUGCACCAAUUUUUCCUCGACACCACCGGCGGCUUCUCCUUCGAGGACUGCUCCGCCCGAUGCCUGACCUUCACCGACGUGUCCCCCCGGGGCUUGGCCUCCGGCGAGCGGCGUACCUGGAUCAUCCUGCAACGCUUCGUGGAAGGCUUCUUCCUGCACCCCACGGGCCUGGAGCUGCUCCUGAACCACAGGAGCAUCGACGCCCGGGACUGGACGGUGGAGCAGGUCUGGUACAAUGGGAAGUUCUACCGAAGCCCCGAGGAGCUCGCUCGCAAGUACCGGAACGGGGAGGUCGACGUGGUGGUCCUGGAGGACCUGCCGCCCCAGGGCAAGGGCGCAGAGGCCUCGGAGGAGCCGCCCCUCUUCUCCUCUUACAAGCCGCGCGGGGACUUCCCCAGUCCCGUCACCACCCACGGCCCCCGCCUGGCCCAGCCCCAGGGCCCCCGCUACCGGCUGGAGGGCAACAGCGUCCUCUACGGGGGCUGGAGCUUCGCGUUCAGGCUGCCGUCCACGUCGGGGCUGCAGGUCCUGAACGUGCGCUUCGGCGGGGAGCAGGUGGCCUAUGAGGUGAGCGUGCAGGAGGCGGUGGCUCUGUACGGGGGCCACACGCCCGCCGGCAUGCAGACCAAGUACAUGGACCUGGGCUGGGGCCUGAGUACCGUCACCCACGAGCUGGCCCCCGGCAUCGACUGCCCGGAGACAGCCACCUUCCUGGACGCCCUCCACUACUACGACGCCGACGACCCCGUCCGCUACCCCCGGGCCCUCUGUCUCUUCGAGAUGCCCACCGGGGUGCCCCUGCGGCGCCACUUCGACUCCAACUACCACGGCGGCUUCAACUUCUACGCGGGGCUCGAGGGCCAGGUGCUGGUGCUGCGGACGACAUCCACGGUCUACAACUACGACUACAUCUGGGACUUCGUCUUCUACCCCAACGGGGUGAUGGAGGCCAAGGUGUACGCCACCGGCUACGUGCACACCACCUUUUACACGCCUGAGGGGCUGCGCUACGGAACCCGCCUGCACACACACCUGCUCGGCAACAUGCACACCCACCUCGUGCACUAUCGCGUGGACCUGGACGUGGCAGGUACCAAGAAUAGCUUCCAGACCCUGGGGAUGAAGCUAGAAAACAUCACCAUCCCCUGGAGCCCGGAACACCGGAUGGUCCAACCGACUCUGGAGGAGAAGCACUACCCCAGCGAGCGCCAGGCAGCCUUCAGCUUCCGGCGAGCUCUGCCCAAGCACCUGCUUUUCACCAGCCCCGAGAAGAACCGCUGGGGCCACAAGCGCAGCUACCGGGUGCAGAUCCACUCCAUGGCCCAGCAGGUGCUGCCCCCCGGCUGGCAGGAGGAGCGGGCCGUCACCUGGGCCAGGUACCCCCUGGCGGUGACCAAGUACCGGGAGUCUGAGCUGUACAGUAGCAGCAUCUAUAACCAGAACGACCCCUGGGACCCGCCUGUGGUCUUCGAGGAGUUUCUUCGCAACAACGAGAACAUUGAAAAUGAGGAUCUAGUGGCCUGGGUGACAGUGGGCUUCCUGCACAUCCCCCACUCAGAGGACGUCCCCAACACGGCCACCCCGGGAAACUCCAUAGGCUUCCUGCUCCGGCCCUUCAACUUCUUCGAGGAGGACCCAUCUGUGGCGUCCAAAGACACGGUGAUUGUGUGGCAUCGGGACAACGGCCCCAACUUUGUCCAGCGAUGGAUCCCUGAGGAGGGCGGGCACUGCGUGAAGCCGAACCCCUUCCGUUACAACGGGAACUACACACCUGUGUAG